GAGGCUAUGAAAAGUACAUGGCCGAGUAUGCCGCGCCGUACCAAGGCUACAUGCAGGGUGGCGGAGGCAGCAGUGGGGGAGGCGACUACCAGAAGUACUACCAGAAGUACAUGACUCAGUAUGGUUCUGGGGCAGCUGGCAGCUAUGAGAACUUCAUGUCCAAAUAUGCCGGUGGCUAUGCCAGCAAGUACAUGCCUUCUUCAAGUGCUGGGUCCCAGGGGUCCAGUGCUGCUCAGCCCGUCGCCUUCGCUGCCGGCCACGGCUCCGAUGAGAGCAGCUCGAAGUCUCAGUCCUCCGAUCGCCCCUCUGCAGAAAGUCCUCAACAAAGUGGCUACAAGCAGUACAUGGACUACUCUAAGUACACCCAGAAUGCCGGGCAAGGCGGUGAUUACAAGCAGUACAUGGACUACUCCAAGUACACGCAGAAUCACGGCUCGCAGGGCGGCGACUACAAAAAGUACAUGGCAUCGUACGCGGGUGAUUACAGCAAGUACAUGAAUGGACAGGGCUCGCAGGGCGGCUCCCAGGGUGGUGAUUACAAGCAGUACAUGGACUACUCCAAGUACACGCAGAAUCAUGGCUCGCAGGGCGGCGACUACAAAAAGUACAUGGCAGAUUACUCAAAGUACAUGCACCAGGGACAGAGCGGCCAGGGAGUCUCUGCAGCUUCCGUGUUCCUGGCGGCCUCCGGACCCAACGCAUCGGCGCACUCCGAAAAGCAAUCUUCUUCUUCCGAAUCCGAAGAGCAAUCUUCUUCUUCCCAUUCUGUUUCUUCGAAGCCGAAGGAGGCUGAAGAUCAGCGUGAGCAGCGCGAGCGUGUCCGUGAGCAACGUGAGCGCCAGCAGGAGAAGCAGGAUUUGCGCCACGAACUGCAGUCCGAGAAGGAAAGCCUGCGUGCCGAGCUCGCAUCAGAGAAGGCCCGUCUUAAGAACGAGCUUGCUGCUGAAGCCAAGCAGGCUGCUGCAAGAGCCGCCAAGGCCGCCCAGGCUGCCAAGGAAGCAGCUGAGGCUGCUGGCCACAGCUCUGCACCAGAGCUUCUGGUUUCGGGCGAGCAAAACACGGAGCAGUCCAAGGAGAACGCCGAGCUGCAGCAGGAGCAGCAGCGGCUUCAUGAUGAGUUGGCUGCAGAGAAAGCACACCUUCGGAAAGAGUUGGCCGCUGAAAAGGAGCACUUGCGCCAAGAGCUGGCGUCCGAAGCGGCGAGGGAGCAGAAGGAGCAGGCGGACGAGCAGGCAGCAGAGAAGGAUCAGCAACCUGCUUCAAACUCUGGCCCCCACGUGCUUGCUGCCGUCCGUGCUGGCCCUCAUCCACUGUUCGUUGCAGUUGCUGCUUUGUUCGCCUGCGCGCUCAUCGUCGCUGGUGGUGUUGCGGCUGCGCGUGUAUGGCGCCGGCGCCAAGUGGUAGAAGAAGCUGACGACUACCUCAUGUAUGUGGAGGCUCCCCUGACGCUCGCGUAA